AUGACAUUGCUAUCAUCCCACUCUGCUCUCUUUGCAUCACUGGUCGCCGGCCGCUCAGAGGACGAAACGACGCAACAGGUGGGCAGACGCGCCAGCACACAAGACGGCAACGGCAGUCAAUCGAGUAGCCAGGCACGACCACGAGAUGGCGGUAGUGAAACUCCGCCGUCAAUGAUGUCGCCCAUGCAGAUUGACGAAGCUGCCCUUGACGACAACGCAGAGUCCUCAGAGUCCUCACGAAGACCGAGGACUUCAUCAAGUGGCGCUAACAGCCCCAACGCACGAAGCCAGACCAUCACUGCCUCAGAUGGCCCGCUCACCUAUGGUAAAAUCAACCAGCAUCCUGCAAGGUCUCAUUUGGCCUCUGCGCCGUUCAGUGUCGGUGUGAGCGAGGACAAGAACAAAAAAUGUCGCCGAACUAUGGAAGACGCGCAUUCGUUCAUCUAUGAUUUCGCCGGCGUCAGAGGCCAGGGCUACUUCGCCAUCUUUGAUGGUCACGCGGGCAAACACGCUGCAGAAUUCUGCGGUGCUCAUUUCCACGAAUACUUGCUCAGCGAGAUCAGCAAGAAGCAGGACGAGACAGUGCCUGAUAUGCUCAAUUCGAGUUUCACAUUGGCCGACAAGGAGCUAUCCACACGUGCUGCCGAGAAUGGCACACAUUCCGGCUGUACUGCGGUGGCCGCAUUUUUACGAAUUGAGACCGAAGAUGGCAAGCCAGUGCCAGAUGAUCUGGAUGCCGAACCGCCACAAGAUAGCGUCGAUGGGCUGCUAGACGAUGACGCGACGCCUAGCGCUAAGCCUCGGCGGUUUGGCGACGGCGUACACAGGGACAAGUUCAGAAGCUUCAUUGGCCGAUCCAGCUCAGGCCGGCAACUUUCUUCGGGCGAUGCUGCGACCGAGGGCAGCAGUCAGCCCGCGGCCGAGAACGCGCUGGCCGGAAGGAAGCGCACACUUUACACAGCUAAUGUCGGCGAUGCGAGAGCGGUGCUUAGUCGCGGCGGUCGAGCGAUAAGGCUCACAUACGACCACAAAGGUAGCGAUAUGCAGGAAGCCAAGCGAAUCACAGAUGCCGGUGGCUUCGUACUCAACAAUCGUGUCAAUGGCGUUCUCGCCGUAACACGUUCGCUGGGCGACUCUUCUAUGAAGGAAUUCGUUGUUGGGGCGCCAUAUACGACAGAGACGACCUUGGGAGAGGAGGACGAGUUCCUGAUCAUUGCUUGCGAUGGUCUAUGGGACGUAUGCGAAGAUCAGGCGGCAGUUGACCUGAUCAAAGACAUCCGCGAUCCACAAGACGCUUCCAAAAAGCUUCUCGAGCAUGCUCUCAGUUCCUUCACGACGGACAAUACCACCGUGCUCGUAGUCCGGUUAUCGUAA